GGGUAAAGCAAUGGCGACAGAAGAUAUUUCGAAUCAGCAACAGGGUGAUGAUAACUGGUAUUCAAAACAUAAGCUGUGGAUUAAGGCAAACAUCAAACAACGGGAAUGCCGCAUUUUCGAAAGCGAAGCUUAUGGGGAAGACUGUGUGUGUGGUAAAUCCAAAGAGGACCAUGUACAGUUCCACGAAAACCGAAGAUGGAAAAAGGAAGUCAAUACACACACAGCAGCCACAGAAGCCUUUGGAACCACUGAGAUAGGAGACGAUGAGGACGAAGAAAGGCAUGAAAUACAGUUUGUGAGAAUAGAUGAGGAUACUCCAUUCAAACAUAUCAAGCAUCUGCUCUUUGAAGUAUGGAAUAUCAACGAGCCGAAAUGGAUUUUACCACUGAUUGGAUCUCGAACAGAUGAUUCAGAAGGAAUAUCCGAGUAUAUACUCGAAGCUAAGGCAAAAGCAGACUUUGAAGAUAGGAUCACCUCAAUCGGUUGUUCAUCGUGGACAGAAGGUCUCAUGGAAGAGAAACAAGGAAACAAAACAGGCUGUUUUGAAUACAAGACUGAUAGGGAGAUCUUUAGCAUAGGAAAAACAAUGAGCCACCUGAUGCUGGUUGAUAAUGGAACAGUCGACACAUAUCUGUGUACCUUGUCGAACUCUUCUUUUUUAACGAAGGUGAUUGCCGGAUUAUCAGUCCCUGAAGAUGCAUCUCCUGCCAUUCCUGCUGUUGCGAUCCUUUUUCGUGGUGACCUGUACACACUAGAGACCAUUAGAAACUACCUGAGAGAGAACAUACCAGUCGUUAUUGUCAAGGAUUCUGGUUGUGUAGCGAAUGCCUUUUGUUAUGCAAUGGAAACGUCGAAGGGUGUUUCUCAAAGGAUGAAAGAUGACAGAAAUGAACGUUUCGGGACAGUCAUCAGUCAACGUGCAAAGGAACAGUUAAGUAAGAUGCUGUCGGAAAUGCCGGAUUCGGGUGAAGAAAAUGACGAAUACGUGCAGGUGAUCCUGCAAUGUCUUCAAAGGCGAAUCAUGUCAGCAAUUAUCAGAACAAAAACAAGCACUGAUUUGAUAUCAAUGGUGGAUGAAUAUUUACCGACACCAGUCUACAGUAGAAAAACAAAAGAGAAGGCUGAGAAACACAUUGAAAACAAGAGAGAUGACAACUAUAAAGAUUUCGAGGAUGCUGAAAACAUUGUCAAAAUGGUGUUCAGAGAAGCAAUUCUACAAGAAAAAUCUGAAUGCGUUGAAUUCCUUCUUGACUGUGGGGUUUCUGCAGUGGAAGAUCUUGACAUGUUGGAACUGUACCAAAAGACGAACAAAGGCCUGCAGAAGACCGUGUCAGCAAUAUUCCACAAGAGCAAGGAAGAAUAUGAAAACCUGAAACGAAUAAUGGAGUUCAUCUCAGAAGACAAAGAGGAUACUCCAAACAGGUGCACAUUCGUGAAAGAGUUGUGCAAGAUGGAGUGCAACGACCUGCUCAAACAACUGCUGGUGGAGGGUGAUAAGCGAGAGGAACUGGUGGGCGACGACAAGCGAGAGAAACUCGUAGUGCUGGCGGUCGGCAGCAAAGCCAAACAAUACUUUGGGGGGUACUAUACCCCUGAUAAAAUCCAGAGACUGCACGCCGAUGAGGUUGAUAAGCUCUGGCGGAUGAACAAAGCCGAAAGCAUACCCAUGACCGGCAUCAAAUCUCUGAUCACCGACAUACUCAAAGAGGAACUGAAUGACCUGGGACGCUUCCAAUUUCGGUUCACACUGAGAGUGGCAUGGGCUAAGGGGGGCGUUAGGGGUACUUCCCCCAUCACAGGUGGGGGAGAAGUCACGACUCAACCUGAGCUAGAUAAGUACCUCAACACCUCAUUACGAAUCGUACAAGACUACCUGGAACGCUUCCCACAAGGUUCAGAGCGGGUUGAGUGCAGACUCAAAACGGUCUACCUAAGUAUAGCCGAUUACGAUGCUAAAGUGGACCUACUGAUGCCAGCCCUCCACCUGUGCUCCCCGUACGACCUCCCCCAACUGUGA